CUGAACUAAAGUGUCGUACACAAAAGGGGGGGGAUCAACAAAAAGUGUUGGAAAAAGGACGCGUAAUCAGAUCAGCACAAACUCUAUAGCUAACGUUGCCGCCAGCGUGCACUCUUCUCUAAUAAUCUUACCCCCAAAUACCCCAAAUCCCAUCGGAGAGAACUCACUACCUCACUACUACUGUCACUACUACUGCCACUACUGCUGUCACUACCCGCCGUCCUUCCUCUCCUACUGUACCUUACCGCGCGACAGACCAACCCAGUCCAGCCCUACCAACACGCCCAGCCGGCCCAUCCAUCUCCCGCAAACCACCACACCACCACCGGGCCCCAACCCAACACCACCCACCCAAGCCCUGUUCCCGGGUCCCUUAUAUCAUACCACCCUACUAUAACCACAGCGCCAGUGCACUACCACACCACCACCACACCACCACCAACACACUAAAACGCCCUACAAAAAAAACACUUGGCAUGCCCGCGCGCACCCAAGCUCCCGCUGUGUCCGCGACGACGCCAUGUAUCCGGGCCUCGAGCAACGGCGGCGCUGCGUCACCCUCGCGCUGAUCCUAUUCAUCUCCUUCUUCCUGUGCGCGUCGUACUGGUUAUGGUCCGGUGGGGAGCAUGUAAGGCUUGUCCCGUCGUUUCAGGAUGGAGGUGCAGUUCAGGAUGGGAGUGAGGUGAAGGAUGCAGCUCCAAAGGAUGUGGUGACGAAGCCGUCGCUGGUGCCGGCGCAGGAGGAAUACACGCCGAAGACGGGGACUGGGGAGUUGAGACCGGAUGAGAUUGUGCUCUCGGAGUAUGAUGAGACGCCUAUACGGGAGAUGUGCGCCAAUACGUCGUGGGCGGAUAGUCGGAAUGUCGUGGUUAACUGCGCAGCUCGCGUCGGCGGAGUCGGCAACGUCCGCCAGGAAUUCCUCGUCUGCGUGCGCCAGGCCAUCGAAAUCGGCGCCUCGCUGAUCCGCCCAGAUAUCAUGCUGCGCUCUGAGGGGCUGAUAGAAUACCAGAACGGGCCGGUGCACAAUAUGUCGUACCUCUUCAACCUGGAGCUGUUCGACGCGCGACUACGCUCUGCAUGCCCGCAUAUGCCUAUCUACAACGACCUAGCAGAGGUUGAGCGAGUCGGAGAGAUAGCGAAGGUAGAUAGGCCGUGGGACUUACCUAAGGAGCAGGGUGUACAACUCUCAUUCACGGCGUGGGCGGCGUUGAAUCGCCAGGCGCGGGAUAAAAUCACAGUUAUCACAAUGCCACGGAUAACAGGACAGACACCCGUCUGUGCCGACCCCCCUCCCUUCGUCGCCAACUUCGGGCGCCUCGUCGAAUUCCGCCCCGACACCCAACACCUCGCCUCCUCCAUCCUCACCUCCCUCCUAACGCGCUUCUCCCUCCCCCCCCUCCCCCACCACGGCGUCUCAAACUCCUCUUUCAUCGGCCUCCACUUCCGCACCGAGAUCGACGCCGUCAACGUCGGGUAUACCAGUUUCGAAGAACAGACAGCGUCCUACCUAGCUUUCAUCGCAGAGGGUCCAAUCCGCACAAUCUACGCAGCGUCGGGUAACACAACAUCCCUCGACCUCUUCGCCAUCGAAGCCGCGAAACUGUCUCCCCCCGCUACCGUCGUAGCGAAAGGGGAUUUACUGUCCGGCGCGGAUAAAGCGGCCCUAGAGGCGUUGACGUGGGACCAGCAAGCUCUCGUCGACUACCUCGUCCUCGAGAAAGCGGCGCGGUUCGCGGGCGUGAGCGACUCCUCGUUUACCUGGGGGAUUGCGUAUGCGCGCCAGGUCAAGGUAGCUUCGAUCGGGGAUGGUGGAUGGUUACCCCAGAUCUCGGAUCAACCUUCCUCCCUCCCCGCCCCCGAACUUGCUCCAGUGCAGUGGCCGUCAGACGCUAAUUCAGACCCCUAA